GCAUGCGCAACCGAGGGAGCGGUCCGGCUGGUGACCUGAGCGCCGGGGGCGGAGCUACGGCCCGGCCCGAGUCUGCCGCCAUGGUGCUGGACAGCCUGGCCCGCAUCGUGAAGGUGCAGCUGCCGGCCUACCUGCGGCGCCUGCCGCUGCCUGAGAGCCUUAGCGGCUUCGUCCGGCUCACAGUUUCAGAAUGGUUGCGGUUAUUGCCAUUUUUGGGUGUGCUGGCACUGCUUGGCUACCUGGCUGUUCGCCCAUUCCUUCCCAAGAAGAAACAACAGAAAGACAGCUUGAUUAACCUCAAGAUCCAGAAGGAAAAUCCUAAAGUAGUGAAUGAAAUACACAUUGAAGACUUGUGCCUCACAAAGGCAGCUUACUGCAGGUGUUGGCGUUCUAAAACGUUCCCUGCUUGUGAUGGCUCUCACAACAAGCACAACGAAUUAACAGGAGAUAAUGUGGGUCCACUAAUACUCAAGAAGAAAGAAGUAUAGCAAACAUCUUUAAAUGAUUACAGAGCUGAAGUCUCUUUAUACAUGUGUACUUACAGGACACAAUGUUGUGUGUAUAUGAUAGCAUUAUUAGUCUAAUGGUGAUUGUAGAUUUCCUUUGGGUUUAAGCUGCAUUAAGACAGGUUGCUAAGCCAAAGGUCAUUCUUUUGAUACUUUGUAUGUUCUGAAGAAUUAUGUCUAAUAUGUAAAACUGUAAAGUAAACAUCUCUGUAAAUAAGUCUUAUUCCAGUAAUGACCAUACCAAUCAGACGUUUAAUCUUUUUUAGUAUGAACAUACAAUAAAAUAGCCCUACUGCCUUUUCUAAGA